CAAAGCGAUUAAAACCCAGAAAAGAAAAACCCUAAUUUCUCUAAACCUCAUCGAGAAAUCGCCUUGAAUCCAUCGAAUUCUCCUUGAUCCAAAUAUCGAUUCUUCUUCCAUGGGUGUGCCGGAACUGAAGACAACCCCAAUUUGGGGCAAUUCCCGACUGGUAGAAAACAACAUAAACCCUGUCGGAAUGGACGUGGCUUCGCAUGGAGGACAAAACCGAGUGGUGUACAGAGAAGUGAAGCAGUUCAGGAGCUGGGUUCCAUGGAUCAUACCCUGUUUCGUGGUCGCGAACGUCGUUAUGUUCGUGAUAACCAUGUUCUUCAAUAACUGCCCGAAGAAAUCUGGAGAAUGCUUCGCCGAUUUCUUGGGUCGGUUUUCGUUUCAGUCAAUCAAAGAGAAUCCCCUCCUGGGUCCUUCCUCCCUCACGUUACAGAAGAUGGGUGGUUUGGAUGUGAAAAGAGUAGUUCAGCAUCAAGAAGAAUGGCGUCUGAUUUCUUGCAACUGGUUACAUGGAGGAGUUAUCCAUUUGGUAGUGAACAUGAUAACCCUAUUGAUCAUCGGUAUACGCAUGGAGCGUGAAUUCGGUUUCCUUCGGAUCGGAUUGCUUUACGUCAUAUCCGGGUUGGGAGGGAGCAUACUGUCGGCUCUUUUCCUCAGAUCAAGCGUCUCUGUCGGAGCAUCAGGUGCCAUGCUUGGUUUACUCGGAGGAAUCCUCUCUGAGAUCAUCAUCAAUUGGACUAUCUAUACUAACAAGGCGAUUGCCCUUGUGACUGUCGUGGUACUCGUGGCGGUCAACUUAGCGAUGGGCUUUCUCCCGGGCGUCGAUAACUUUGCCCACAUCGGAGGCCUCGCUACCGGGUUUCUCCUAGGGUUCGUGCUUCUGAUCCGUCCCCAUUUCGGGUGGAUAAGUCACAGACCUGCCCCUGGUGGAGUUUCUUCGGCUGCCUCCACACACAGAUUCAAGAUUUAUCAAUGCGUACUGUGGACCAUCUCUCUAGUCCUUUUGAUGGCCGGAUUCGUCAUCGGCUUGGUCGCCCUCUUCAACAACGUGGAUGGAAACAAACAAUGCUCAUGGUGCCAUUACCUUUCUCGCAUACCCACUUCAAGGUGAAGCGGCAACCAAGAACCUGUUUCUUGCUCGACAAUUCAGACCGGAAACCAGUUCAACGUAACUUGCUUGAGCAACGGGAAAUCAGGAUCUUUUGUUCUGUCGCAUCCUUCGAGCUCGAGGAUGAACACCGUUUGUGCUGAGAUUUGUCGUUGAUUUUAUUCAGACAGCCCCAACUGUACUUUUGGUCCUCUUACUCUUUUUAUUUUGCCAAUUUUUUUUUCAUGUACACGACUGGCUUCUUCGAUCAAUGAAUCACUUGUUGUUUCUGGCCUAUUUGUGUGUGUGUAUAUAUGUGUGU